AUGACUGACUGGAAUAUCUCGAGCGCCGUCGGCAAGCUCAUCAUCUUCAUCGUCGGUGGGUGGUUCCAGGAUGGCUCGAUCAUUGCCGGCCUCCUCUUGUGUCAAAUGGUGAUUGUUGGAUGCAGCCAAGCAGCGGAUCUCAUGCAGGAUUUCAAGACCGGGUACCUCAUCGGCGCGUCGGCCAAGUCGAUGAUU